GAGAGAGGAGGCUUGGAAAGAGAGCGGGGGAGAGAGAGUUGUUAGUCACUAGCCGUCAGUCUGAAAUCCCUCCUCUCUCACUCGGGAUGUCUGACAGCUUUGGGACAAUAACCUGGACCCUGUUCCUCCUCCUUCUUGCACCUGACUGGGUAGAAUCACAGGCAUGUGUCUACCCAUGCCAGUGCCCCUCCCAGCCACUGCAGUGCCCUGCUGGUACCAGCCAUGUGUUGGAUGCCUGCGGUUGCUGCAAGGUGUGUGCCAGGCAGCUUGGUGAGCUGUGUUCCCUUCAGAAACCCUGCGAUCAUCACAAAGGACUCUACUGCGACUUCUCCAAAAUCCACAGUGGCAGUGGGAUAUGCUUAGCUAAUGAGGGAGCAACCUGUGACCUGCUGGGGAAGAUCUAUCACAACGGCGAGAGCUUCCAGCCCACCUGCAAGCUGCAGUGCAUCUGCAUGGACGGCGCCAUCGGCUGCAUCCCCCUGUGCUCAGACGACUUGCGGCUCCCCUCCCCAGACUGCCCCAACCCCCGCCGGGUGAAGCUUCUGAACAAGUGCUGCGAGGAGUGGAGUUGCCAGGAGGGCAGCCAGGAGAACCGCUUUGAAACAGCCCUGGCAGUUUUUAGGGAGAAUUCAGCAUACAAGCCUGAGCUGAACAACUUCCAGGAGAACUGCCUGGUCCAGACAACCGAGUGGAGUGCCUGUUCCAGGACCUGUGGGAUGGGCAUCUCCAGCCGCGUCACCAAUGACAACCCCCAGUGCCGCCUGGAGAAGGAAAGCCAGCUCUGCAUGGUCCGGCCCUGCAACUUCCUCCUGGAGAAGAGCAUCAAGAAAGGAAAGAAGUGUGUGCGGACCCCGAAGCACCGCCAGGCCAUUCACUUGGAGUUCUCCGGCUGCACCAGUGUGCGCACCUACCGACCCAAGUUCUGCGGCAGCUGCACGGAUGGCCGCUGCUGCACCCCACACACCACCAGCACCACAGAGGUGGAUUUUAGGUGCCCAGAGGGGGACAUCUUCCAGCGUAAGAUGAUGUUCAUCAGGACAUGCUCCUGCCACCAUGACUGCCCCAGGGACAAUGACAUCUUCCUGGCCACCUAUCACAGGAGGAUGAUAGGUGAUCAUGUCAGGGCAGAGAGGCAGUAGCCCCUUCCUCCCUGACCCCCAGGCCUAGGUGUCAAGAGUGUUCUCAAGUGUCCACAGUGCCUCCGCUGCUGAAGCCCAGGACCGUGCAGUCCCUUCUCACCCGUGGGGAGACCACAAUGCAAUUUGGGCCCAGUGGCAAGGACAACAAGGCAGGCAGCAUGGAGGGGAGCAGUCCCCAUGGGCUCUCUACUGAUACCAUGCAUCAGGCAAGGCUUGGGCAGGAGCAUCUGGCACACUCCCAUCAUGGGGGGGAUGCUGAGAGAACCAGGCUAGAUGCAGAGAUGGGCCUGAACUGGAGCCCUGAUCCAUAUUUCCCCAGCUUGUUAGGGGCUUUGGAUCUGGAUCUAAGCCACAAGGCUUAGCCCCACCUCCAGCUGGGAGCAAAAUGAGUGUGGAGUUCCCCGAAUCCACUGCCAUGCUGCAGCCUUGCCACAACCCCAGAGCAGAGGGCAAAGGAGAGGCCCAGCAGCCUGAUCUGUUGCCCAGCCAUGCCAAGCAGCCUUCUCAAUGGAGGAGGGAAUCUGAUACUGACCUUCUGCAAUGCGUCUCUCUACAUCAGAGCUUUCCAAACUUUUCAUGUUGGUGACACACUUUUUAGACAUGCAUCAUUUUGCGACACAAGAAUUCAGUUCCGGGGGAGGGGCCAAGGGAAGCAGACGCGAGUAAGGGAGCUCUGCAGUGCCCUUCCGCAAAAUUUUCUGCAUUUCGCGCGACACACCUACACACUGCCGCCGACACACUAAUGUGUCACGGCACACAGUUUGGAAAGCUCUGCUCUACAUAGUUGUCUCCCUUGCCCAAAGAGGGGCUCCAGCCCUGCUGGCAAUUCCUUCCAACUAACUGGGAACUACCAUUGUUUGGCAAGGCUCAUCCCCUUCCUAGUGCUCCCCCCAUUGUGAUUCCCCUGUGCCCCAGAUUAACCAGACCACAGGAAUCCUGUAUAUCUCUUGUGUCACCAUGUUGCACGCAGGGGAUGCCACCCAGAUGAUAGCAAGGCUAUCUAGCAGGUAUGUGAGAGCCAACAUUACAAGGGAAACAGUGGGUCCCAUUGCAAGAAGCCUAAACUUGCCAUAUGGCUUCCCUAGGGACAGCUGAGCCCUGUAAGAGCCAUCUUCAGAGAAGACAGGAAUCAACUGGGCUUACCCUGCUCUUUGCCAAUGCUGGAAGGAUAGUUCUAGGGCCCAGCUCCCAUCCCAGUUAUGGCAGUACAGAGCAGAAGUGUCCAGGGAGAGUAACAUCAAUGUAAAACUGGGACUUGUUAAAGUAGAGUCAGCCUUCCAGCCUGUUGCACAUCAACAAAGAGAUCUGCCCCCUGUGUUUUGCAAGUCCCCCACACUCAGCCUGUACUGCCAAGAAUGAGAAUUGCCUACUUUUCUCCUCUGUUAAACUUCAGAGCUAGAACAGCUGGGGGACAAGGAACUGGAUUCUCUAGUGGCCUGUGCAUUAGCAACAGAGUUGAAUUUCAGUAGCAGAGUCUUUUUAUGACCAGCAGUGCAUGAGCCAGAAAAACCUAGCUCAGGUCAAAUCCCCCAGGAGCCUGAGGCACUGGCAGGAAAACCCAGCCUUUCUUGUAAAUGGAACAGAUUUAACCUGGCAUUGCUGAGACAGUACUGCAGAGAGCGCUGCCUGGAGCACCCUGUGUUCUGCAGCCACAGACCUCACCUCCUGCCAGAGAACUGGGUUGUAUUCACAGGGCUGCACAAUGACUGGGCUGGAUUCACAGGAGUGUCUCUUACAAAUCAAAGGAAAUGAUUCUUCUGCUCUGUUUGGCACUGGAGAGGCCUCACCUGCAGAACAGAGUCCAGUUUGGGGCCCCACAAUUCAAGAAAAAUGUGAGCAGAUUGGAAAGAAUCCAGUGGAAAGCAACAAAAAUGCUUAGGAGCUUUGGAAGCAUGACUUGUGAGGAAAGGCUGAAAGAACUAGGGU